CUAGCUCAACAAUGACAUGAAUGAUACAGCAGGCAGUGUGGGCGACGCUUUGUUUUGUGACUGAUUGUGUAAGCUUUUUUUCAAUGGAUGUGGUUAUUCAGUGUAGUUUGAUUACAAAAUGACACCGAAUUUGGAACGCUGACUGGUUUUUCAGAGGGGUUAGUCUUGGGUCCUUAAAUAUGGGUAAACUCCUUGUUCUUCUUUCAAAUCUGUAUGUCUUCGGUUUGGUUACUGCGAAUGUCUGCGUCCACCGACCCCCAGCUCGCAAUGAGAUAAAGCACGGUGUACAUCUUGAGCAGGCACCUGGGGAUAGACUAAAGCGAAGGAGCGCUUCACAUCCGCUACGAAUCCAUGUGGAAUACGAAGAUGAUGUCGACUCCUUACCCGCUGCGACUUCACUUCUCGUUAAGAAUGAUCUUUUACCUAAAGCUGUCCGUUCCAUUUCCCGUAUGCUGAAUGUCAGGUCAACUUCAACAGGUCCCAUCAGGUUAAACAGAGCGUGUGCCUUUUCUCAUUACUACACAUUGGCUAACGACACCCAUGAAUACUGCUCGGGAUCAUGCAACAGCAUCACACGGUGCGGACCGGUCACCAUUCCUGACAAACAUCUACAUGCUUGUUACACCUGUGAUGAAACGCAGAGCAAUUGCCACAAGAGCGGAGGCGAGACUGGGCCGGGUGUGGCUGACACAGAUUUCAUCCUGUACGUGACCGCUGAGAACACCUCUGAUUGUCGGAUUGCAGACACCACGGCCCACGCGUCAUUCUGUCAGUUGGAGGCCAGCCAAGAUAGACCAAUUGCUGGUUACAUCAACUUGUGUCCUCAAGCGUUAACCAGUGACCCCGUCCAGCACACCAUGCAACUUACUACAGUACAGCAUGAGAUUAUCCACUCACUGGGUUUCACUGCUGCCCUGUAUGCUUUCUACCGAGAUAGUGAUGGUAAUCCCUUCACCCCUAGAGAUGCAUCAGGUCUGCCACCAUUUAAUGAAAGUCUUGGGUUGUACCAGUGGAGUGAUAGGGUGAUCAAGCCCAUCAAACGGAGGGACUGGGCUGUGCGAGGAGGAAGCAUCACACACACAGUCAACAUAAUGGUCACACCUAGUGUUGCUAGGGAAGCCAGAGAGCAUUUUGGCUGUUCCUUAUUGGAGGGAAUGGAGCUGGAAAACAACGGAGGCCACGGGACCAAAUUAACUCAUUUUGAAAAAAGACUUUUAGAGAAUGAAGCAAUGACUGGAACUCACACCCAUGAGCGAGUCUUUUCUCGGCUCACAUUAGCAGUCUUGGAAGACACGGGUUGGUAUCAGCCUAAUUAUGACAGGGCUGAUCCGUUAGAUUGGGGCAAAGGCCUCGGAUGCGACUUCGCUACAAAAAGCUGUAAAUAUUGGAUGGAUACCAAACGCAAUUCUCAGGAAAGUUUAUCGCCUUUCUGUGACGUGAUUCGGGCAGAGCCCUUCACGCUAACCUGCAGUGUGGGGCGGGCCUCCGUAGCCCUGUGUAAUCUUCAUCAGUAUGACAGAGAUUUGGAGCCACAAUAUCAGUAUUUUGAUUCAUUACCCAGCGUAAGCAGUGAAGAUUUAGGGAGGUACGGGGGGACCUCAGAGCUUGCAGAUUACUGCCCAUUCCAACAGCAAUUUAAUUACAAAGAGCCCGAUGGUGCUAAGAAGUCCACGACAUGUGGAAUAUCAUCGAACAUGCCAAGUGGUACUGAGAAUGUAGCUGCUGAGUAUUACGGCAUGGGAUCAGUGUGCGUUGAACAUGCCGACUCGUGGAGGCAAGCUCAGUGCAGUCAAUAUCAGGCACAGCAGACAUGGGGAGCAGGUUGCUAUCAGUAUUCCUGUGGCAGCGACGGACUGAAGAUCACUGUGGAAGGAGUCAACCACCUGUGCUCCUGGAAGGGUCAGCAGAUUGAGAUCAGCGUGACAACCAGUGCGUACCUCCACACGGGGACCAUCAUCUGCCCUUCCUGCCAGGAGUUGUGCGGGACCUCCUGCCCACCGGAACAGAAGCCUGGUGUCACGGUGGAGCUGACAGUCAGAGAGCCUGGUGACGAGGGUGAAUGCCCCCGCCUAGCGUACGACACCGUCGGUGCCUGUGUGAAUGAAUGCAGCAACUGCAGAAGUGAAGAGAAAUGCUGCAGUAAUGGCUGUGGACGCACAUGCCAGAAAACUGUAGUCAAAAAAUCUACGUACGAGCCAUGCCCAAGCCAGGCCCCCGACGCUGUCAGGUCAAAGGUCACAAUACUCACCAGUUUAAUUUCAUUGUCUUUCGUUGCUAUUUUGACAAAAUUCUCCUGAUAGUAUAUUUAGUUCAACAUUAAAUUAACUUUGUAUUUGAUUUUCUUGUCUAGGUAGACUCAAGGAAUUUUGGUCAUUUAAAAGUUCAUUCCAUCGAAAGCCUUUUUUUUGUCUCUAUACUCUUUAAAUACUUGCCCACAGUAAAUUUAAUUCAGGCUCUUUACCACAAUAAUUGCCAUGAUUUUUUGCAUAACUUUUAAACUCUGAAGCACUAUCCUUCAGACUUUUCAUUCUUGUCAAAAUAAUGUUGUGCUUGUAGCAUUUAUAUCCAUUGCAAAGUUUUGGUUACGCUUUGUGACUAUCAUCCAUUAUUUUCUUUCUGAGUUAUGCCUUUUCUCUCUUGGUCUACUAAAAAUGUAGAAUUUCAAAAUUAUAUUUACUUCUCACAUUCUCUUUGUCAGAAUUUCUUGAUGUUGUUAGACUUUUCACUUUAACUCAGGGUUCUCACUUUACUUAUUAAACUGCCAUUAAACAAAAAUUGUAUACGGGCCGAUGCGUGUGCCUUGCAAUGCAUGAUGGGAAGUGGCGUACGUAUAUUUGGGAAUGUACACGAGAUGUUUUGAGGGAAAACAAAAAUGGAAAGUCUGAAAUCCUGUCCAUUUUUAAACUGUGAACAGACUGGUUCGUUUAAAUACAAUGUAGAUCGACAUCAAUCCCAGAAUGCAGUGCUGUGCCUAGGGAAAUUCUCAUUGGCUCUGCUUUCCAAUAUCUCUAUCAUAUGAGAUGCUUUUAGCACUUGUACAAAGAUGAACAAAAUCUUACAUGUAUACUUUUUAUUUAAGAAUAAAAUCCACAACUGCACUUUUAUAGGAUAGAAAUCGUACUUUUCACAGCAUACUUGUAACUUGAUGGAGUAAAACUCUGUAAUUGUAACAUCAAGUUUGGAAUUUGGAAGACAUUACAUCUGUUAAAAUUGCCCCAUAUUCAUGUGGAAUAUGUCAAA